AUGAAAGGUUUCGUCCAGAUUGCCGUCACGGCUGCGCUCGUGGCCGGCGCCUCCGCCGACAUGGCCCACCAGCGUCACCAGCACAUGCACCGCCACCGCGCCAUGAACGUCGAGAAGCGUGAGGCCGCUGUCGAGGUCCCCGCCCAAGUCGAGAAGCGCGCCGCCGCCGUCGCCACCGUCGUCGACCCCGUCGAGACCAAGUACGUCUACUCGGACGGCGAGGCCGUCAACGCCGCCGAGGCCAAGGCCUGCAUCCAGAACGGCGAGUGCGUGGUGGUCGGCACGUCCACGCCCAAGGCCCCCCCCAAGCCCAAGCCCACCAAGCAGGCCGCUGAGUUCUUUGAGAGCAAGGCCUCGAGCACCAAGACCACGUCGUCGUCGACGUCGUCGUCCACCUCGACCUCGACCACCUCGUCCUCGACCUCGACGUCCACGUCGACCACCUCGUCGUCCACGUCCACCUCGUCGACCUCGUCGGCUGCGCCGGCCAGCAACAGCAACGUCACCGCCGCCGGCUCUGGCUCGACCUCCGAGUUCCCCAGCGGCAAGAUCCCUUGCUCGCACUUCCCCUCCGACUACGGCGCGGUCGCGCUCGACUGGAUCGGCCUCGACGGCUGGGCCUCCAUCCAGACCACGGGCUCCUGGACGCCCGGCACCCUGAUCUCCGACAUUGUCGAGCCCAUCAGCGGCGGCUGUGUUCCGGGGUCCUUCUGCUCGUACGCCUGCGCGGCCGGCCAGACCAAGACGCAGUGGCCCACCACGUCGCAGGGCGCCACCGGCCAGUCCAUUGGCGGCCUCUGGUGCAAUGCCAACGGCUUCCUGGAGCUGACCAACGACAACUUCAACACGCUGUGCAUGGACGGCCUCGGCGGCAUCAGCGUCGUCAACGAGCUCUCGGACGUGGCCUGCGUCUGCGGCACCAACUACCCCGGCAACGAGAUGAUGAACAUCCCCCUGGUCACGGAGCCCGGCAACACCUACACCCUGACCAACCUCAACGCCAAGGUCGCCUACCAGUGGCAGGGCAAGUACACCAGCGGCCAGUUCUACGUCAACAACGCCGGCGUGAGUGUCGAGCAGGCCUGCGUCUGGAACAGCCCCGACUACCCCAACUCGGCCGGCAACUGGGCCCCCGUCAACAUUGGCGCCGGCACCGACGUCAACGGCAUCACCUACCUGUCCAUCUUCCCCAACACGCCCACCUCGACGGCCCAGCUCAACUUUGACAUUGAGAUCACCGGCGACAUCACCGCCCCCUGCUACAUCAAGGGCGGCUCCUACUACGGCGGCUCCAACGGCUGCACCACGGCUCUGCAGUCGGGCGGCGCGGCCAAGAUUGUCUUUAAGGCCUCUGGCAGCUCGUAA